GUCCCGGUCUACUCUCCAGCUCCUGCGGUCCCUGAAGCGGUGAGGCCUCCAGACGAGUCCCGGGGCCGGUUCCGAGUCGUGGGCUUCUCGGACCCGGAGCUCGGGGCGCCGCCUGAUGUGUUCCUGGAGCCGGACCAUGUGAAGAGUGACUCGGUCAGCCUGCACUCCACGGGCACGGGGCACACGCAUCUCUCCGGAGUGUCCCACAUCUCGGACUCGCACUCGAACACGUACUACAUGAGGACGUUCGGACACAACACCAUCGACGCCGUGCCCAACAUCGACUUCUACCGCCAAACCGCCGCACCUUUCGGGGAGAAACUCACCCGGCCCUCGCUGUCCGAGCUCCACGACGAGCUGGACAAAGAGCCCUUUGAGGAGGGACUGGCCAAUGGAGACGAGCCGUCUGCAGCGGAGGAGGCGGCGGCUUUGGCGGCGAAAGAGGCCAAAGGAGGAAUGGUGAAGUUCGGAUGGGUCAAAGGAGUUCUGAUCCGCUGCAUGCUGAACAUCUGGGGCGUCAUGCUCUUCAUCAGAAUGUCCUGGAUCGUGGGACAGGCUGGAAUCGGCCUGACCAUUGCCAUCAUCUUCAUGGCCACUCUGGUCACAACCAUCACUGGACUGUCCACGUCCGCCAUCGCCACCAACGGUUUCGUCCGAGGAGGUGGGGCGUACUACCUGAUCUCCCGAAGUCUGGGCCCAGAGUUUGGAGGCUCCAUCGGUCUCAUUUUUGCAUUUGCGAAUGCUGUUGCCGUGGCGAUGUACGUGGUGGGCUUUGCCGAAACUGUGGUGGAGAUGCUCAAUGAUGUUGACGCUCUGAUGACCGAUGAGCUGAACGACAUCAGAAUUGUGGGGACGCUCACAGUGAUUCUGCUGCUGGGCAUUUCUGUGGCCGGGAUGGAGUGGGAGGCCAAGGCUCAGAUCGUGCUUCUCGUCAUCCUGCUCGCCGCCAUCGUCAACUACUUCAUUGGGACGUUUAUACCGACAAAGAGCAAGGAGCCCAAAGGAUUCUUCGGAUACAACACCGCCAUCUUCCUGGAGAACCUGGGUCCAGACUUCAGAGGCGACGAGACAUUUUUCUCUGUUUUUGCCAUUUUCUUUCCUGCAGCAACAGGAAUCCUGGCAGGAGCCAACAUCUCAGGAGACCUCAGUGAUCCCCAGUCUGCGAUCCCCAAAGGAACCCUCCUGGCCAUCCUCAUCACUGGAAUCACGUAUGUUGCCGUGGCCAUCUCCACAGGCUCUUGUAUCGUACGGGAUGCGACUGGGGACCAUAAUGACACUGUGAGUGACACAGUGAACUGCACCGACGCCGCCUGUUCUCUGGGCUUUGACUUCUCCAUUUGCAGAGAGGGAGGCUGCCAGUACGGACUCAUGAACGACUUUCAGGUGAUGAGUUUGGUGUCGGCGUUCGGGCCCCUGAUCUCCGCUGGGAUCUUCUCUGCUACUCUGUCCUCUGCCCUGGCCUCGCUCGUCAGCGCCCCCAAAGUCUUCCAGGCCUUGUGCAAAGACAACAUUUACCCCGGUCUGGAGGUUUUUGCCAAAGGUUACGGCAAAAACAACGAGCCUCUGCGUGGAUAUGUGCUCACCUUCUGCAUUGGACUGGCCUUCAUCCUCAUCGCUGAGCUGAACAUCAUCGCUCCGAUCAUCUCAAACUUCUUCUUGGCUUCAUACGCUCUCAUCAACUUCUCUGUGUUCCAUGCGUCUCUCGCCAACUCUCCAGGGUGGCGCCCCAGCUUUAAGUACUACAACAUGUGGGUGUCUCUGGCCGGAGCCGUGCUCUGCUGCGGCGUCAUGUUCAUCAUCAACUGGUGGGCGGCGCUCGUCACGCUGCUCAUUGUGCUCGCACUGUACGUCUACGUGGGAUACAAGAAACCAGAUGUGAACUGGGGCUCGUCCACUCAGGCUCUGAUCUAUAACCAGGCUCUGACGCACUGUUUGGACCUGACCGGAGUCCCCGAGCACAUCAAGAACUUCAGGCCCCAGUGUCUGGUUUUGGCUGGUUUUCCAAACUCUCGUCCUGCUCUGCUGCACCUCGUCAACUCCUUCACCAAGAACGUAGGGCUCAUGAUCUGUGGACACGUCAGAACUCUGAGUCGUCGUCCAAACCUGAAGGAGCUGUCUCUGGAGCACGGCCGGUGUCAGCGCUGGCUCCAAAAGAAGAACAUCAAAGCGUUUUACUCUCCUGUGCUCGCCGACAACCUGAGGCACGGAGCUCAGCUGCUACUGCAGGCGUCAGGUCUGGGUCGCCUCAGACCCAACACUCUGGUGAUGGGCUUCAAGAACAACUGGAGCGAUGGAGACAUGAGACACACAGAGCUCUACGUCAACACUAUACAUGAUGCGUUCGACCUUCAGUUUGGAGUGGUGCUUCUCAGGCUCCAGGAUGGACUAGACAUCUCACAUAUCCAGGGACAAGAUGAGCUGUUGGCUGUGGAUAAACCCAAAGAGACUUCAGUGAACUCUGACCCUGAGCCUGGCCCCAACCCCCCCAACCAGAGCAUCCCUCUCAUUAUAAAAGAUAGUAAACCUCCCCUGAGCCUCACCGACCAGCGGCUGCUCGAGUCCAGUCAGAUCUUCAAGAAGAAACAAGGCAAAGGAACCAUCGACGUGUGGUGGCUCUUCGACGACGGAGGCCUGACUCUCCUGAUCCCGUACCUUCUCACAAACAGAGGGAAAUGGGGCGACUGCAGAAUCCGUGUUUUUAUGGGUGGAAAAAUCAACCGGAUCGACCACGACCGACGGGCGAUGGCCAUGCUGCUGAGCCGCUUCAGAAUCGACUUCUCCGACAUCAUCGUCCUCGGCGACAUCAACACGAAACCCAAGAAGCACAAUAAGUUGAGUUUUAAGGAGCUGAUAGACACGUACAGACUGAGAGAGGACGACAUGCAGCAGGAUGAGGCAGAACGACUCAAAGCUCUGGAGCCCUGGAGGAUCACAGACAACGAACUGGAGCUGUAUAAGGCAAAGACGAACCGUCAGAUCCGACUGAACGAGCUGCUGCAGGAGCACUCCAACACGGCCAAACUCAUCGUCAUAAGCAUGCCUCUGGCGCGUAAAGGUACAGUCUCUAGCGCCCUCUACAUGUGCUGGCUGGAAACGCUGUCUAAAGACCUGCCCCCGGUUCUGCUGGUGCGCGGGAACCACCAGAGCGUCCUCACCUUCUACUCAUAACACAGAACCUACUGAGGAACCUACAAGAAAACCACCACUUUCUUCUCAUAACACAGAACCUACUGAGGAACACAGAACCUACUGAGGAACCUCCAGAGGAAUCUACUGAGGAGCAUACAGAGGAACCUACAAGAGAGCCACCACCUUCUACGUAUAACACAGAACCUACAAAAGAACCUAUAGAAGAACCUACAAGAGAACCCCCAGUCCACCACCUUCUACUUAUAAUGGUCAAUGUCUGACAAAUCUAACACACAGGGAGGGCAUCUGGCACACAGGGAGGACAUCUGGCACACAGGGAGGGCAUCUGGCACACAGGGAGGGCUAUAAUGGACUUUUAGAUUUAAUCACCAACAUGUAGCUUUUUAAUAAUUGAAAAUGCAUUGAUUUACUGUCACAGUGUCUGUUUUGUUUUAAGCUCAUGGGGUUCAGAGCAAUGGAGAGUUAGGACCAGAAUAAUUUAUGACUCUAUAUCUUUGGAUGGUGAAAAGUCCUCAAAAUGGCGAUUUUAAAUAGGAAAAAGGCAUCCAUGAAUAUUCUGCUAAACUGCCUUUAACAAACUUUGAAGGGAGUGCGUGUUUUUAGCCUGAUUUAAACAGCUUCACUCCUCAGUGCACAAACAGAGAAUCCUUGCGCCUUCUGCUGGAGGUUUUGAAUGGAUUAAACCAGAAACAAGUCCUUAUCCAUAUUCACUUUAUUAUAGGUUUUUACAGUCAAAAAACAAAGUCUAAGUGUGAAAAUAAAAAACCUCCAUGGACAGUUUAAUAAAUCAUCCCCAUUCUGCUCGUGUGUGCCACGUCAUGCUCUCGGCGCCUCCUAUGGAUAGCUGCACGUCACACUAGCGAGCAGCACAUUAAAAAAAAAAAUUGUACCAAAAUGACUACGCGACACGUCAAAGUGCGUGUGUACAGGUGGAGGUUAAACGGGGGUAGAUCGACAAAAUGGCGUCUUGAAAAUAGUGGAUUAAAGAUUAAACUCAAAAAUGAAUCACUCCAAAUACAACUUCACAGGCUCAAUGAGAAGAAACGACUAGAACAGUUUGAACAGGGCGGAUUUAAAUAAAGGGUGUUACAGGGUGUUUAUUAUCAAAUCAUUAAACUAAAUUCUAAAGAUUUUUAUAUUUAAAUGUUUACAAUUUAACAGAUUUUACAUAUUUGCGGAAUUUUAUGUUUCACAGAUAAAGAUCACAAUUUUGACCCACAGCUUCCACAGCUCUAAUAAAAACAGGGAUAUUAAAAGUUAUGAUCAGUGUGUAGGUAAUAUUUUUCUACACUAAUCCCACUGUGCUUUAUGUAGAUGAUUACAGAUGUAUAUGUUGGUUUUAUGGCUGGACUCAGAACUCACGUUUUUCUGC